GGAUAACCUGGUGGCCAUAUAAAAUAAAAUGGAUCUUUAUAAAAGAAUCUAGAGAAAGGAAGGAAAGUUAAAAGCAGCAAUGUCAACUUCCACUCCAUCUGCUACGCCUAUGGUGUUCUUAUUUCCCAUUUGCCACUGAUUGAGGUAGUAUUGCCCUUUCCCAAAAGAUGCAAUCUUUGUUCAGAUGAUGAGGCCUUGAAUUCCCCAUUACUCUCAUAACUCCCAGUCCCAGAACUCUAGGAAGUAUGGCUUCUGUGAAUGAGGUUCAGGGUAAUGAAGAGAUGUUACUCGACUGGGGAGUAACCAUGGCAAUGUAUGCGGGCGAGAUUCUGAAUAAUCUGAAGUGGAUGAUUCAGUGGCACAAGAAUGUUGAGAAGGAAACAUCAGGAGAGCCUAGGGAUUCGGCUCGCCAGUUUUUAGAGCUCACCAUUGAUAAUGAUCUGGUGCCGGGGCCUAUCAUUGAGAAGGUCAAUCAACUCAAACAGGAUUGGGCUGUCUUGGACAUGCUUGUGAGAUCCAUAUUAUACAGUAGUGAUGCAGCUGAGCUGUUAGUUAUGCAGAACCAAGUGUUACUGGCCACCUCUAUUAAUGCACUUGUUGUGGGAGGAAUGAUUGAUGCUGCUCUAUGUUCCUGUGCAAAACAAUAUGCGUCCUACAUGACACGCCCUGAUGAAAUGCUCAGUUUGCUCAGUGACUGCCAAAGGAAGACUGAUGAGCUUUAUCAGGCAGAGGCUCGAGAUAUUGCAAAGGAAUUGUCAAGGUUACCAAUCAAUUCACGUUCUCCUGAUUCUUUUUUUUGGCAAUGGUUUGUCCCUGUUGUGGGGGAGAAUCUGCAGUCCUUUAAGGUUUUGGAUGAUGGUGUUCUGAAUGAAAAGCUCUUUUUCCUCGGAAGUGAAAUGCAAUCCAUCCAACGGUACUUGAAUCAUAUUCAAAGAGGUCUAAGCUCUGCCAAUGUUCAUGGUGAUCCGAGAGUUGAUUCUUUUCUUAAUCAUGUUGCAUCUGUGGUUCUGAGGAUUGCAGUUCAAUCAUGUUAUUUCUGGUUCAAUAUGAAAGACCCUGAAGCUGCACUUGUUAUUGUUACUGGACUUCUAGGCGAGCAUCACCAGAUUGAUCCUCGAAAUCCAGAGUUCUUAGAGUUGAAUCUCAGAUUCCUUGAGUCUCUGUAUAGAAUCAACUCUAAAAGAAAUGAUGCAUUUGCAUCUGCUUCUGUAAGACUCUUUUGCGUGUAUCUUCUCAAUUGGCUUGAUGAAAAAGAUCUUAGAAAGGAGCUGGUAUCCCUACUUAGCCUCUUUUUCAGCAAUACCCUAAAGGAUGGUGUGGAUGUCCAUAACUUCUUUUCCGAGAUUAAGGCAGUGGUAGCAGAGGCCGCCUUUUACCAUCGAGUGGCGCCACGGGAUCUCUCACCUUGUUCUGUGUUACUCACAAAAAUUUGUCUCCUCAAGGCAGAGCUAAAUCUCAAAGAGUCGAUGGUUUUUCUCAACUCUCAGAGUCCCUUGAUACUUUUCAAAGAUGACCGAAUUUUCAGUCUCAGUAUGAUCCUCGUCGACCUGAGAGCUUUUAACAAAGAUCUUUGUCAGCCUGGAAACAGCGAAUACGUGAAGCAAAGUUUGAAACUCACUGAAGAAUUGGCGAAUGCCAUCGAAUCCCUUCAUAAGUUACUUCAAUCCAAGAGGAUCAUUUAUCCUUUGGUGAAACAGUCAAUUCUGCACUUACUUUGCCGGAUUAUCUUUUUCAAGGCUGAGUCAUUUUUAACUGAGUUAUUGAAGAGUAGUGAAACCUCUUUAGCUCUUCAGAAAGGCCAAAUUCAGUCUCUUCUUGAAGAACUUACUUAUUUCAAUAUAGUUGUAAAAGCUAAGCUAGAAAGGAGCACAUCUGAUGGAGAAGCAAUCAUAUUACAAAUUGAAGAUGUUGUGAGGGGGAUAACUCUUCUCUCUUACUUGUAUCUCCCUGACGAGAAGUUUCAGAAAAUUGCACAUUCGUUGCCUCAGUUGUUGGAGAAGGUGAACACUGUUAAGGCUAAGCUCAGGGAAAUGAAUCAGCCAUUUCCUAAGUCAAUCUUCCCCAUGACAUAUGGAUUGGGGUUUCUUGAUUUCCUCCACAGAAAUAUAGGAGAGGUUCUGAAACAUGAUACCAAGUCAAUUACACCAGUGAUGCAUCAUUUUGAGGAAGUUAUGUUGCAUCUGGAGUCUUUGAAAUGUUUCCUUGCUAAGGUAAAGGAUUCAGAUGUACAGCUGGGAGAAUUGAAGGAUCUUGGGGAUCACAUCAUAGAUGUGGCAUAUAAACUGGAAAAUGUUGUGGAGUCAAUUGAGAUUGAUGGUCCCUUGCAGCAUUUAUUAUGGUUUUAUGAUGCGCUGGAUGAUAUUAGACUUAUUGAACGACAGAUCCACAAAGUUCAAGAAAUGUCCUAUUCUGGCGAAGUAGAAUACAUUAUCCCACAGGUUUCAUUGCCCAUUGUACCAAAGUUCGCUGCACCAGAAAUCAAUGAGAUGCUUGUUGAUCUUGUUGACGAAGAUAUGGUUAUUGUUGAUCGCCUCACCAGAGGAUCCUCACAGCGUGAUGUUGUUUCAAUUGUUGGCAUGCCUGGUAUUGGAAAGACAACUCUUGCUAGAAAAGUGUUCAGCAAUCCGAAUGUCACGUGUCAUUUUCGUCGUCGUGCAUGGUGUACUGUUUCGCAAACAUACUCGAAAAGGGAGUUAUUGCUGGAACUAUUAAGCCAUAUUCUUGUUCGUACUGAUGGCAUUAAUCAACUGACUGAUGAUGACCUCUUAUCCAAAUUACGUCGGUACUUGUUGGGAAACAAGUAUCUCAUUGUUAUGGAUGACUUAUGGGACACUGCAGCCUGGAAUGACUUGAAGAUUUGUUUUCCAGACGACAGCAAUGGCAGCAGAAUUCUGAUAACUAGUCGUCAUCAGGAUGUGGCAGUUAAAAUCAAACCUGACAGUGAUCCGCAUCCUAUGCGUCCAUUUUCGGACAUUGAAAGCUGGAAAUUGUUAGAAAACAAGAUAUUUAUGGGUGCAGAUUGUCCAGCAGAAUUGUUAGAAGUUGGAAUGGAGAUUGCUCGACAUUGUCAAGGAUUACCACUUGCAGUUGUUGCAAUAGCUGGUCUUCUUCAAAAGUUAGAAAAAGAGAAGAAUCGAUGGAAAAAAAUCUCUGAAAGUCUAAGCUCGGAGAUAAUCAGCAACCCAGAAAACCGUUGCCAUGAAAUUUUGGAACUGAGUUAUAAGCACUUGCCUGAAAAUCUAAAGGCAUGCUUUAUUUAUUUGGGAAUUUUUCUAGAGGACAAAGAAAUUCCUGUGAGCAAGUUGAUACGUAUUUGGGUGGCAGAAGGGUUCGUGCUGGAAACCGAGUCAAAGAGCUUGGAGGAGGUUGCAGAGGAUUACUUGAUGGAGCUGAUUAAUAGAAGCUUGGUGAGCAUAUACAGAACAAGAUCCAAUGGAAAGGUCAAAACAUGUCGUCUUCAUGAUCUAUUACGUGAUCUGUGUCAGCUGAAAGCAAAGGAGGAAAAGUUCUUACAACUGGUGACCAGACAUGAUGAACCAUAUGUGUCUCUCCCUGAUUCGGAGUAUGGUUUGGAGUUUGAUGAGACUCUUCUAGGACCUAUAGUGUUCGAAAGCUACAGAUUAAGCUUUUAUGUGAAUAGAAGACAUUUUAAUGACUCCCAGCCUUCUGGCCCUGGAGCUCGGUCCUUGAUAUUCUUUGCAACAUCUUACGAUUCAGAGCCUAAAUUUCCUUAUGAUAUCUCCUUCAUUUGCCAGAACUUUAAGCUACUUCGGGUUUUGGAUUUGGAAUCUAUUAUGGCAAGUAGCUUUCCAGUUGAAAUUGGACUAAUGAUUCAGUUGAGAUGCUUAGCUGUCAGUGGUUAUAUGCAAUCUAUUCCACCAUCAAUAUCCAACUUGUGGAAACUUGAAACGUUGGUUGUUAAAGGGUUGCGAAAGGUCACUUUACCAGAAACUAUUUGGAGCAUGGUAAGGUUGAGGCAUCUUCAUGUGAAUAAUCACGUCGCUUUCAACUUAAAAGAUCUGGAUGAAGAUGGAGAUUUUCCUCUGGUAAAUAUGGUCAGCUUUUCCACGCCAUCACUGUCCUGCAGGGAGGAUAGAUGGAGGAUAUUAAAGCGGUUUCCUAACCUUCGCAAAUUGAGAUGCAUUUUCUGGCUGUCAGGGGACUCUUCUGGAAAAAGCAGUGAGUUCAUAAGAUGGAAUUUCUUGACUUGUUUGGAGUCACUCAAGAUUAUAUGUUAUCGUGGAGCUCCAACUUCUGGGGAUUUUCUCCUCCCACUAAAUCUCAAGAAACUGUCUUUAUCAAACUUCUGCUUACAGGAGAAUCAUCUUUCUGUAAUUGGGGCAUUACCAAAUCUCGGAGUUCUGAAAUUGCGUGCUGGAGCCUUUCAGGGGCAGAAAUGGGACAUGAGGGAAGAGGAAUUCAAGGAACUCAAGUUCUUGGAAUUAGACACCAUGAAUCUUGUCGAAUGGGAUGCCUCUUAUGAUCACUUUCCCUGCCUAGAACAACUCGUGUUACGCAAUUGUGAGGAUUUGCAAAGAAUUCCAUUUGAAUUUGCGUAUAUUGCUACCCUGCAAAAGGUUGAAGUACAUUGGUGCGGGCAAUCUGUGGAAGUGUCAGCCAAGGAAAUCAGUGAUGAAACACAGGAGAUAAAAGUCAUUAUCAGUUGCUGAUAAUUGAUAUCAUGAAUAGGACUAUCGCAAACCUUUUUUGCAGUACCAAGGCAAGUGUAAGAGUGGCCACCAGCCUCUAGGAAAGCUGUAACAUAAACCUAAGAAGGACACUCAGUAUACUUCUGCAGAAGGAAGAUCUGUAACCAAAAAUAAAUGUGAAACCACCUGUAAAGAAGUUGCAAUAUAGGCGGAAUGAUCAGUGAAUAACAGCCUAACCGGAGAAAAAUGCCAGCUCAUUGCCAUUUUGUUUCCCUAAAAAUCUAGCUUCUUUUUCUUGCGCAUAACUAUGAUUUCUCAAGUAAGCCAAAACAAGAAAACCUCUUCUUCACUUCUAUGCAUUUUGAGCUCUCUUCAGUUUGUUUGUAAAAAAGCUUCCUUUGAAGUGUUGUUGCCCUGCAUUUUAGGAUGAACUGUAGCUUGUGAUUAGCACUUUGGUCAAAAUUGAUUCUUGUUUGAUUCAAAUCUUGGCCUGACACAAAUCAUAAUGGAUGAUAAGCGUAAGUUCUCCAAAAUCAGGCAUAUGAUGACAUUUUCACUCCAGUACAAGGAUCAUCGUAUAUGCUGCCCAUUGUCAACAUCGUUAUGGAUUUCUUGGAAUUCAUUUUCUUCAUGUCCUCAAGAUUGCAUGUGUUGUUCAUGAUUCUUGUGCUCCAUGAAAUGAAUUGAGCCAAUAUUUUGAGACCUCGAAAUUUCACACAACAUGAAACCGGUAUAGAAAGUUAACUUUCGGCUUAUACCCUACAAUUGAUUUUAUCUUGCAGAUGUACAUUACAUACUCCGUUUGAAUCACAAGGGACUGCAAACCCUCCUUUUUGAAGAUCAAGAUCUUUUCUCCACGUCUGAUAUUCUGGGAUAGAUGCUGAGGUUGGUUUUGGAGUUCAUAAGGUCUAUUUAAUCUUGCUGGAAUUUUGUUGCUCCAAGUAUAUAAUUUUUGGUGAAUUAACACAUAGCCCAGGCAAUGCCUUUUCUUUGUUCAGUUUUAAAGGUCUUUUGAAUUUCUUACAUUUGAUGAAGAAAUUACUGUAUGCAGGGUUGCCAAAUGCAUUCUUGUAUAAAUUUCUGUUCAAAAGCUCAUCAUGGUAUGUGGAUCCUUUCAACAAGAUGAGAUAGUAUUAUCAAUAUUGAACAAAAUCGGAAAAUUUUUAUCGCAGAUUGUUUUAGAUAUAAAACUUGAGCACAUUGCAUCUGGCAGUGGUUUCAUCUGGCAGUGAUUGCAUUCUUGCGUUGAGUGCAUUGCAAGUGGAGGCUUGCAAGAAGCACCCCAGCGGAAGCUUACGCGUUGCAUUGUCUUCUACAGGCAGAUUGCAGUAGUUAAGUACAAAUGCAUUACAAUAGAUCAAAAGUUUCAGUUCUUUUAUGUCACCUUUUCAGGAUAUUAGAGAUGUAGCUGUAGGAUUAAAUGGUUUGCAAAUAGUUAAGGUAGAUAGAAAUGUAGUGGAAUCUGUGAACAGGGUUGCUAAGGCCUCCUUAUCUAUGUACGAUGUAUGAUUUCUUUUAUAUAAGAGUGCUUUUCCACACCCAC